AUGAGUAGUGGAAGUUGCUUAGGAUACAGACCUAUGACAAAGCGGUUACUUUCCCAUUUAUUAUCCAGGGACACGGUUGCACAUUUGCAGAAAAUCAUCACCCCGGAAGGAGUAAAUGAUAGAAAGCACCAAAGAUUUACGAGACGUUCUUAUAUAAACAAGGGCCCAGAUUACUUAUUACACAUAGAUGGUUACGACAAGAUAAAACCUUAUGGAUUUGCCAUUCACGGAGCGAUAUGUGGAUAUUCUAGAAGAAUUCUAUUGCUACAAGUUGGAAGAACAAAUAAUAAUCCUAAAGUUGUAUCAGAAUUUAGAAUCGAGCGAUGUUGGUUAUCAAAUAGGCAAGGCGGCGGCCAAUUCUGGAUUGCUUUUAUGAAAGAUCUUCAGGAGACAGGGAUAUUUUCAAGUGCAAACCACGCACAAGUAGAAUGCUUGCACUUCUGCUUCACUGGUUUAAUUCAAAAGGAUUUAAAUCACUGUAGGCAAGAUUGGAAUCAGCACAAAAUUCGCCAAACAAGGCAAGCUGAAUCACCUGGUGGAAAACCUGAUUUACUGUAUUACAUACCAGAACUUAGUGGAACUUGUGUUAAUGGAAAUCCACACAGAGAUGCUAAGAAGUGGAAAGAGGAUAUGCAAGCCAUUCUAAGGAAUAUGGCAGUGCAUAAGGAUACAGUUAAAAUGAAAAAACAAUUAAAGAGUGAUAUUAAAUGGAUCCCAGAAGCAAAUGGAUGA